UAAGCAGAAAAUGAAAAAGUUUAUGGAGCCGAGGAGGUGCAGAGUGUCCUGUUGAAGAGAGAGAGAGUGAGAGAGAAAGAGAAAACUGCAGAGGAGCUCAAACCCGCCGCCACCGACAAUCACUCCGCUUCAGAUUUUGUUCACCUCUGGGAGAAAAAAUGGGUUUUCCGACAUGUAGUUGUCGAAUUGUUGUCAAAGUGUUUCUGCUUCAUUGUUUCGUCGCCAUUCAGCAAAUCUCCGCGGCUCCUUCUCCCAUUAUCAGGUUUCCCGGAGACGAUACCCCAAAAACAGACAAAGAAGUUGCUCUGCACUACCUGAAUAAGUUUUAUGGAUGCCCACAAGACAGAUGCAACCUUAUGGUGCUCAAGGACACUCUCAAGAAAAUGCAGAAAUUCUUUGCACUGCAAGAAACUGGGGAGAUUGAUGCCAAAACUGUGGAGAUCAUGAAAAAGCCCCGCUGUGGCGUGCCAGAUGUGGCCAAUUACAACUUCUUCCACAGGAAACCCAUGUGGCAAACGAAAGACAUCACCUACAGAAUCCUGGGACACACUCCUGAUCUGGAUGAGGAAGUCAUAAAUGAUGCUUUCUUCAGAGCCUUCAAAGUAUGGAGUGACGUCACCCCACUCUCUUUCACCCGUAUUAUGGACGGAGAGGCCGACAUCAUGAUUAAUUUUGGCCGCAAUGAACAUGGAGAUGGCUAUCCCUUCGAUGGCAAAGAUGGCUUGUUGGCUCAUGCUUUUGCUCCUGGGCCAGGAAUCGGGGGAGACUCACACUUUGAUGAUGAUGAGCAGUGGACGCUGGGAGAGGGCCAAGUGGUGAAGGUGAAAUUUGGCAACGCUGAUGGAGAGUUCUGUAAAUUCCCCUUCCUCUUUAUGGGCACUGAGUACAAGAGCUGCACAUCGCAGGGUCGCGAUGACGGCUUCUUGUGGUGCUCCACUACGUACAACUUUGAUGAAGAUGGCAAAUACGGCUUCUGUCCACAUGAGUUGCUGUUCACUGUGGGUGGAAAUGGCAACGGGGCUCCAUGUAAAUUCCCCUUCAACUUCCAAGGGGAGAAAUAUGAUGGCUGCACCACUCAGGGCAGAGAUGACGGUUAUCGCUGGUGUGCCACCACUGAAGACUACGACCGUGACAAAUCGUACGGUUUCUGCCCUGAAACCGCCAUGUCAACAGUGGGAGGUAAUGCUGAGGGAAGCCCCUGUGUUUUCCCCUUCACAUUCCUGGGGAACACGUAUGAAACUUGCACAUCAUCUGGACGCAGUGAUGGAAAGAUGUGGUGUGCCACAACCAAGAGCUAUGACGACGACCGCAAAUGGGGUUUCUGUCCCGAUCAAGGCUAUAGCCUGUUCCUGGUGGCUGCCCAUGAGUUUGGCCAUGCCCUCGGCUUAGAGCACUCUCAGGACCCCGGUGCACUGAUGGCCCCCGUUUACACUUUCACAAAGGACUUCAGACUUUCUCAGGAUGAUAUCCAGGGCAUCCAGGAGCUCUAUGGUGUACCGACAGAUAAGCCUCUGCCUCCAACCCAGGGGCCUGUUACUCCGAUGGACAUCUGUACUGAGCCAGUUGUCUUUGAUGCUAUAGCACAGAUAAGGGGAGAGACCUUUUUCUUCAAGGACAGGUUCCUGUUCAGGUCAGUCAACUUCAGAAACAGGCCCACUGGCCCCAUGCUCGUGGCCACCUACUGGCCGGACCUGCCUGCCAAGAUAGAUGCUGCCUAUGAAAACCCAACAGAUGAAAAGACAGUCUUCUUUGCAGGUAAUGAGAUGUGGGUCUACAAAGCAGAUGUGUUGGAGCAAGGCUACCCCAAGAGGCUGUCCAGCCUUGGCCUACCAACUGAUCUGCAGCACAUUGAUGCUGCUUUCAAUUUCAGGAGGAACAGGAAAACCUACCUAUUUGCUGGGGACAAAUUCUGGAGAUAUGAUGAAGAUACGCAACAAAUGGACCCUGACUUCCCCAAACUUAUUGCUGAUUCCUGGAAUGGUAUCCCGGAUGACAUUGAUUCUGCCUUCAGUCUUAAUGGAAUUGAUUCCAGCUACUUCUUCAAAGGCAACCACUAUUUCACAUUGGAAGACAGCAGCCUGAAGAUUGUCAAGUUGGGUGAAAUCACAAAAGACUGGCUCGGUUGUUAAGCAUUGUACAGUAAUCUAUCAACUGGCUAAUCUGUAUGAUGUCAUCUGGCUUUGUGAGGACAUAAGAGUCCACUACAGUGUACACUGUUGAUUCAGCACAUAUAACCAGCAUCCAGCUUUGCAGGAAGGCACGGGCUGAACAUAGGCAACUGGAUAUUUGCUAUAUUACUAUGUGAUAUUGACAUUUUCUUUCUUAUACCAAUGCAGAUUUAUUAAAAUGUAUACCCCAGUCUUUUUAAAAAUGUUUUAAUCAGACAUCAGGUAUGUCAACACUGCAUGAAAUGAUGCAGUCUUAUACUGUGCUGUGAGAUACUGCCAUUUUUGCAAAUUCAAUUUUCAAUGUUUUACAUCAUAUGGGUAAUUCAUGUUAAUUUAGAGCUAAGUCUGUGUUCAGUGUAUUAAGUGCAGUAAUGUGUCACAUUUGUUUGUCUUUUGUUUUUCAUUUUUGUGAAAUACAUUAUGAAACGAUGAAUUUGCACGUCUCUGACCGAAAAUGGUGCUUUAGAAACUGCUUUUUGCAUAUAGUCCUUUGUAUACAUGCAUUUCAUAUUAAUUCUGUGUGUGUCUGACAGGAUUAUUUAUGAUCCUCUGGAUGUCAUAGUGAUAUUUACAGGCAUACAUUCUUCAUUUGGUUAGCACUUUGUAUAGAACUACACAGCGGACUGCACCAUAUGGUGACCAAAUUAUUUUUGUGGCCUCUCCCUUUGUAUGUCCCUCCCUUGUUGGUUCAGAAUGAUUAAAGGCACAGGUUGCCUCCAGAGGCUGUACAGGUUUGCUGCAUGUUAGAAUCAUGGUAUGGUUACCAGAGUAGUAUUGUGUAAUAUUGUUGUUUCUUUUUUCUCUGGAUUAAACGCUACAGUCAGU